AUGGCGCAAUUUCAUCUACCUUCAUCGCUCGAUCUGCCAGACCGUAAUCUGGCAGAUAGCUUUAAGAAAUGGAAACGUCAGUUACAAGUUUAUAUGGAAGCUAGUGGGAAUAAUAACAAGCCGAAGCAGCGACAAUCGGCUAUUACACUGUGCAAAGUGCUCGAAAAAGUAGAGGAAUAUUGCAAUCCACGACAAAAUGAAGUUCUUCAAUCCUUUCGCUUUUGGCAAGUACCUUUCCAAGAACCUUUUGACACAUUCCUAACAAAGUUGUACUCUUACGCUGAUUCAUGCAAUUUCAAGGAAAAAGAAAGAAUGAUACGAGACAAGAUAGUCUUCACUGUAACCGGUAAGCAACAAGAACUGUUAUUAUGA